AUGUUGUGUGUAGGUCGUUUGGCUGCAUGUUUCUUGGAUUCGAUGGCGACAUUAAAUUUGCCAUGUUGGGGUUAUGGCAUUAGAUACACAUAUGGUAUAUUUGAGCAGAAAAUAGUAAAUGGUCGUCAAGUAGAGUAUCCAGACUAUUGGCUAACAUUAGCAAAUCCAUGGGAAAUAGAGAGACCAGACUGUACGUACGCAGUACGUAUAUAUGGUAGUGUAAAAGAGUAUAGAGAUCCACAGAAUGGACGCAUGCGUAGUAAAUGGGUAGGAGGGGAAAUAGUACAAGCUAUGGCUUACGAUACACCUAUACCAGGAUUCGAUACUUAUAAUACAAUUAAUUUACGACUAUGGAAAGCGUGUCCGAGUAAAGAAUUCGAUUUCCAUUUAUUUGACGUCGGACGGUACUUAGAGUCCGUAAGAGAGAGGCAGAAUGCUGAAUCAAUUUCUGCUGUAUUAUAUCCUAAUGAUAAUACACAAGAAGGAAGAGAAUUAAGACUUAAACAACAAUAUUUCUUUUGUUGUGCAACUAUACAAGAUGUAUUAAGAAGAUUCAAGAAAGCACCAGGUAGAGAUUGGAAACAAUUACCUGAUAAGAUACAAUGCCAACUUAAUGAUACACAUCCUACUAUUGCUAUACCUGAAUUAAUGCGUAUUCUUCUUGAUGUUGAGGGACUUGAUUGGGAUACUGCAUGGGAAUUAACCAGAAAAUGUUUCAAUUAUACUAAUCAUACUGUACUACCAGAGGCAUUAGAGAAAUGGUCCGCUGAUCUUAUCGCUAAAUUACUACCAAGACAUUUAUUAAUAAUAAAUGAGAUAAAUUUCCGUUUCUUGAAUGAAGCUCGUCAAGUAUUUGGUGAUGAUUGGCAAAAGAUAGGAAGAAUGUCUAUAUACGAAGAAGGACAAGAAAAAAGAAUAAGAAUGGCAAAUUUAGCAGUAAUAGGAGGAAAUCAUGUAAAUGGUGUAGCAAUAAUACAUAGUGAAUUAGUAAGAAAGAAAUUAUUCCCUGAAUUUGAUGAAUUUUAUACAAAAAAAGGAAUAAAAGAUAAAUUCCUUAAUGUAACAAAUGGUGUAACACCAAGAAGAUGGAUAUAUUGUGCAAAUAGAGGGUUAGCUAAUUUAUUUAGUAAUUGGUUAGGAUCUGAUUCAUGGCUAAAGGAGUUGGAUAUGAUUAAUGGAUUAAUGAAUCAUAUAGAUAAUCCUUCUUUCUUAUCUGAAUGGGCAGCAGUUAAGAAAGAAAACAAGAAAAGAUUAGCAUUAUGGGUACAACAAAGAUGUAAUAUACAAUUAGAUGUAGAUAAUAUGUUAUUUGAUAUACAGGUUAAGCGUAUACAUGAAUAUAAGCGUCAAUUAUUGAAUAUUAUUUAUAUUAUACAUAGAUAUCUAACUAUUAAACGCAUGCAACCAGCAGAAAGAGUUAAUAUACAACCAAGAGCUUCUCUUAUUGGAGGAAAGGCUGCACCUGGAUAUUAUACAGCAAAAACUAUUAUUAAAUUAGCUAAUAGUGUUGCACAAGUUGUUAAUAAUGACCCAGAUGUAGAUAAAUAUCUUAAGGUAGUAUUCCUACCGAAUUAUAAUGUAUCUAAUGCACAAGUAAUAAUACCUGCAAGUGAUAUAUCUCAGCAUAUAUCUACAGCAGGAACAGAAGCAUCAGGAACAUCUAACAUGAAAUUUGUUAUGAAUGGAGGAAUUAUUCUUGGUACUCUUGAUGGUGCAAAUAUAGAGAUAAGAGAAGAAGGAGGAGAUGAUACUAUGUUUAUAUUUGGUGCUAAAGAACAUGAAGUUGAUGCUAUUAGGGAAAGG